CGUGAGGGGGAGUUUAGACUCGAAGGCAAGGAGAGGGUGGAGAGUGGAGAUGAAUACAGGGAACAAAAGACCAGAGAGCCAUUACCUCAGCACAGCUCCUGGGCCUGGCUCCACUCAAGGUUUCCAUCUACCGGCGGCUCGGAGCAGGGCCGACGGAGCGAGACUCAGUUUGGAACGGACAUCGUCAAUUAUCGCUUGGGAUCGGCUGCAUUACCCUCUGCAACCCUUCUGGGAGUAAGCAGUCCAGACAAUGAAUUGAUGGAAGGGUUUAGUGAGAGUUUGCAGAGGUUCCAGAAGGGGUCAGCAGAACGAGGGGUAAGCGAGGGAAUCCAGACCACAGCGUGGUCAAUCCAAGAUGGUGGCCGGGGCACCGGGCAGAUGGUAUCGGCACAGGUCCUCGUGCUCAAAAUGAGCUCAGAUGAGCUGCAGGUGUGCCUCACCCUCAUGGAUACCAUUUUCGGCCCCACUGAGAGCUCAAAGAUCUGCCACGGAAGAGCUGAGCAGAAGCAGAAAGAGGAUGAAAGAAGAUUGGGGCAGCUUGACCGGGACGGGGCAGGAGGGCAAGAUGAAGAAGCAAGAGUGGAGUGGAGCAGCUUUGGGAGAAGAAAGGUCCAGAGGAGCCUGGGCAGAAAAGAGCAGAGGAGGUUGGAAAUGAGAGCAAGGCUAGACAGGGGAGCAGCAACUAUCUGCUCUGAGGGGGCAGCUGAGACCGCCACCUUCAGACUGCAGCCCCCUCCCCGAUUAAAAAGCAAGAAAUGCACUGUUGCCAUCUGCCUUCCACCCCCGUCGUUUGCAAGCAGCAACGCCGGCAGGCCGCGGCCGUUUCCCGGGCGAACGCCGCCAUCUUGUGGCCGCUCGCUGGAACUGCACCCUCGGGGCGGAGCU